CUUACAGGCAUUUUGGUUUACUUCUCCAUCAGACUUGAAAGGAAAAUUUGAGUGCAUAGUCUGAGCAAAGAAGAUAUGCAUCGUGCAAUUUUUGGGCAUUCUUUCGCCGUGCUCAUGGCGCCGAUCCUUCUCUCCGGGCUUGCGUUAUAUUUUCUCAAUAAGAAGAAAAAUAGCGUGCGUAGAAGUGUAGAAGGCGCAUCCGGUUUGUCGACUUCACUCACAGAAACUAAUUCUGAUGCAUCUAGUUCAUCGACCGCACCGACAAAAACUGAUAACUAUACGUCUACUUCAUCGAUCGUGACGACCGGAAACCGGUACGACGUGUUCUUGAGCUUUAGAGGCCCAGAUACUCGAGAAGGCUUCACCGAUCACCUCUACAAUAGGCUUGUCGAUGCCGGAAUUCGGGCUUUCAGAGACGAUAAUGAGCUCCGCCAAGGCGAGAAGAUCGGCCCAGAUCUAUUGGCAGCCAUCGAGAACAGUAAGAUCCUUAUCCCCGUUCUCUCCGUGAAUUAUGGUUCGAGCAAAUGGUGCCUUGAUGAACUGGUCCGUAUAAUGGAGUGCAAGAACAAUUGCACGGGGCAUUUAGUGUUGCCUAUAUUCUACAAAGUGGAACCAGCUCACGUGCGACAUCAAAACGGGAGUUUUGGAGACGCAUUUCGUACACGCGAGAGACGUUUUGAUUCAACAAUUUUGGAGAAAUGGAAGCAAGCACUCAAAGAAGUCAGUGACUUGAAAGGAUGGGAAGCCAAAGGGUAUGAAGGAGAAUUAGUGAAAAAGGUUGUCCAAAAAGUGUUAAGCGAAUUAAAGAAAGAGUUUGAGUUGGUUAUUCCUGAAAAUUUGGUCGGAAUUGAUAGUCAUGUGGAGAAGAUUAUGGAAUUUGUAGAUAAGAAGUUUAGCGCUACCCAAUUUGUUGGAAUCCAUGGAAUGGGAGGCAUUGGCAAGACAACUCUUGCUAAAACUAUCUACAACAAGCUCUUCCAUCAAUUUGAGUAUCACAGCUUCAUUGCAGCUAUUAGGGAAUCAGGUAAGCGUAAUGGUCUUGAGUAUUUGCAAAAUCAGUUAAUCUCUGAUAUAUUGAAGCAAAAAAAUCAAGUUAAUAAUAAAGAUGAAGGGAUUAAGUUCAUCUCGUCCAAGUUUGAAGGUAAGAAAGUUCUCAUCCUUCUUGAUGAUGUGGAUGAUGAUGAUCAGUUGAAGGCUUUGGCUGGAAAUCAUAAUUGGUUUUCUUCGGGGAGUAGGAUCAUCAUUACGACCAGAAACAAGAGUAUUCUUGAGAAUGCUGGGGUGGACCACAGCUAUGAACAUAAGGAAAUGGAUAUGAAUCACUCUUUGAUUUUGUUUUGUAGACAUGCAUUUAGAAGGGAUUCUCCUCCAAGUGAAUUUGAGGAAGACACUCAUAAAGUUGUAUCCACCACCGGAGGACUUCCCUUAUCUCUAGAGGUUUUAGGUUCAUUCCUUUGCGGAAAAAAGCCAACACUGUGGCGUGAUACAAUAAACAAGUUACAAAAAGUCCCUCAUAAGAAAGUGCGAGAAAAGUUAAAGAUAAGUUACGAAGCAUUAGAGCAUGGACAAAAACAAAUAUUUUUGGAUAUAGCUUGCUUUUUCAUUGGCACCGAUGGAAGAAUUGCAUCCUACAUGUGGGACACUUGUGGCUUUUUCCCAGAGGAGGGAAUUGAAGUAUUGAUAUUUAUGUCAUUGAUAAAAGUUGGAGAUGAUCAUAAGCUUAGAAUGCAUGACCAAUUGAGAGAUCUUGGUAGGGAAAUUGUUCGUGAGGAAAACCAGCAAGAACCUCAGUACCGUAGUAGGCUAUGGGAUUCCCAAGAAGUCCUGAAAGUGCUAAAGGGAAAUAAGGGAACAGAAAAGAUUCAGGCCAUUUAUCUUAGUAAAGGUAGUUCAGAAUGCUCCGGCAAAAUAGCUGACCAAGAUGGCGAUAUCCACACGGGCGAACAAUUUAAGAAUUUAACGAGUUUAAGGUUCCUUCACGUGAGUGGGGCACAUUUUAGUGGAGAUUUUAAGAACUCUACCGAGGAGUUAAGAUGGCUUCGAUGGUGGAAUUGUCCCUCGACUUUUGAAGCAGACAAUUUUCAUGUAAAGGAAUUAGUUGUACUCGAUUUGUCGAGAAGCAAGAUUUCAGAUGAAUGGCGAGGAUGGAGUUCCAUCAUGAUGGCAAAGAAGCUAAAAUUUCUCGACCUUACAGAAUGUCGGUCUUUGAAAGGAACUUUCUACCUUUCUACCUCUCAGCUUUUACAAAUUUAGAGGUUUUGAUCCUCCAAAAUUGUGAGGAAGUGGAACAAAUUGACUCUUCGAUCGGAGAAAUGAAGAGUCUGGUACGCUUGGACUUAGGGUUUUGUAGGAUGCUCAAGGAGCUGCCAGCAGAAGUGGGUAAAUUAGAAGCA